AAUUAGUAGAGGCCUAAAGGGCCGUCUUCAGCCUGAAGUCAAAGACCGUGGAGCUGUCCGGAAACUCGUCCAUUUCUAAAGCAUUGACGAUUCCGUCGGUUGGCAUUUUACAUCCGUUCAUUCCCUGGGCGCUCACUUCACUUGAACUUUCUGCUCUAAUCGAGCAUCUUCUCCUCUUGCUCGCCAAUCAUGAGUGAUGUCUUCGAAGGAUACGAGCGCCAGUACUGCGAGCUCUCUGCAAAUCUCUCUCGUAAAUGCAACUCCACUUCUCUUCUUCCCGAUGGAGAGGAGAAGAAGGAAAAUAUCUCCAAGAUAAAAUCUGGACUGGAUGAUUGCGACGUGUUGAUUCGGAAAAUGGACCUUGAGGCGAGAAGUUUGCAGCCGAAUGUGAAGGCUAUGUUGCUUGCUAAAUUAAGGGAGUAUAAGUCUGAUCUGAAUAAUCUGAAAAGGGAGAUUAAGAGAAUAACGUCUGGUAAUGCUGAUCAGGCUGCCCGUGAAGAGCUGUUGGAGGCCGGAAUAGCCGAUGUACACGCGGUUUCUGCAGAUCAGAGAGAAAGAUUGUCUAUGUCAGUAGAGAGACUAAACCAGUCUGGCGACAGGAUUAAGGAGAGUAGGAGAACAAUGCUGGAGACUGAAGAGCUUGGUGUUUCAAUUCUUGAAGAUUUGCAUCAACAGCGCCAGACUCUCCUACAUGCUCAUAAUAAGUUACAUGGAGUAGAUGAUGCCAUUGAUAAGAGUAAAAAAGUGUUGUCGUCUAUGUCAAGAAGAAUAACCAGAAACAAGUGGAUUGUUGGCUCAGUGAUUGCUGCUCUUGUAUUUGCAAUCAUCGUUAUCAUCUCAUUUAAGGUUUCUCAUCACUAACGAACACUUGGAAUUGUUUGGUACCUGCUAUACUUUGUUACUUCCAUGUCUUCUGUAUAUACUGUUACCAGUCGUCCACUGAACAUCUGCAAGUUGCUGUUCAUGCUGUUUCUUCUAAAUCAAAUAUGUCUGCCAUUGUGUUUACUGUCUA